GGCAAAUACUUACUGCUAAAUUGUUUCCUCAGCCUUUCAGACCUAAUUAAAAAUAACCCAUCAACUUCAAUAUGUGCUGUCCGUAUAACUCUAGGUCUAGGGCUGUCCACUGGAACAUGGUCAACCUUAAAGAAAACUGACUCUCCUUUCCCCAGAAGCCAUCAUCUGUCCUUAGCUCCUCAGGGGUGGGGGCUCAUGAACCCCUCCCUACUCUUUUUGGCGAGCAUCUGGCUUGAUCUUUUGCAGGAAACCAUACCUUCUGUGAGUUAAUAGAUGCAGAGGUCCUAUCAUGUCCAAAAGAUACUCCAACCUCUGGCAUUUACACUGCCUCUGUCCCCUCUUUCCUGAUGGUACUGAGCCUUGGGGAAGGGCUAUGAUGUAGAUGUCCUGUUUGUAACUGAAUAUGCCAUAGUCACUUAUUUUCGGUAGUUUGAUCUGUUGUCAGUUUCUGCGUCAACCACCAUCCACUGAACAAAUCAAAACAAAACAAAUUCUCUGAUGCUGUCUAUAAGCUUCACUAAUCUAAGAGUAGAAAGACACAGAUUUGGAGGGUAGAUGUGUUUUUGUUUUUGUUUUUAAUAAGGAUUUAAGAGAAGUCAGCUAAAGUUCAGCUAGUUUGGGGAGGAGUUCAAAGAUGAUUCUCAGAAACAGGAGCAAUUAUUCUUGAGAAUAAGGAACUACUGCUUAUGAUUUUACCAAGGAUAUAGGGGAGAACCAGUUAGGAUGAAAAUCAUGUCAAAGAAGACUAGAGAGGACCAUCAAUUGACAAUUCUCAGAUUUUCAAUUUUAGCUUCUCGUGUAUGGACCAAAUUCAAAAUCAAGUCUUCUGACUCCUGGCCAGGGGCCUUUCUAUACUUCAUAGAUGCUCCAACUUUCCAUAUUUUUGAAAGAGAUUCAUAAAAAAAUAAAACAUGGAGGUAGGGUCCUAGGUCUGCUUAUGGAAAAAGAGGUCAAGAUAAAUAGACAGCAGCAGAACAGAAAAAAUAAAAUUGCAAGGUUUUAUGUCUUUGCUCUAGCAGUGUGAUUUAUCUUCAGCAGAACUUCUAGCCUGCUGCUAAAGGUAAUUCUAAGGAAACUCUAGGACUUCCUCACAAUGAAUUUCAUUUCCUGAUGGCUCAAUGCUGCAGGUACCACUGUGUCAAUCAUUCGUUCUCCUCCUAUGAAAUUUCUUCCAAGGCUGAGGAGAUGGCUCAGCCAUUAAGAGCACUUGCUGCUCUUGCAGAGUUCUGGAGUUCAAUUCCCAGUAGCCAAAUGGAGAGGUUGUAACUCUGGCUCCAGGGAAUCUCUGAUAGUACCUUUUGGUCAUUGUGGGCCCCACACUCAUAUGUAUACACAUACACAUAAAUUUUUAAUAUACAUCUAAAAAUAAAAAGAAAGCAAUUUCUUUUAAUCUAAAUCCUGACAAUGCUCAGCUGUCAGCCUGAGUAGCAAGGCCUGUGGCCCAUUGUACCCCUCUGCUGCGCACUGGCUUUUCUGGGAUGGUAUAGAUUAGUGUUCACAUUUCCUUGCUACGCCUUUAAGAGCUACAAGAAUGCAAAGGAAGUCUAGAAAGAGAGGUGGGGUCUCCUAACAGAACUUCCUGGAAAAGGAUCCUUGGAAUUUCUGCCAGAAACUGAACUGAAAUUCCAACACUGAGAACCAGGGGGUGGCCUGUGUUGAGCUAGGCCUGUGAUUGGACUGCACAGUCCAUUAAGGGAGGAGGAAAACAAAAGUAAAAAAGCUGGGGGAGGGGAAGGGCGGAAAGACCUCCCACCCCCACCCCAAUUCAUACACUCUAGAUCUACAAGCAAUAUGCAGCCAGCCACUUGCCUGGUAAGGGUCUGUGCAUGUCCAAGCUGAGGGCAGCAGAUGCUGAACCCAGGGAGCUCUCUGCACCAAGUGAGCAAGCGAGGCCUCCAGGGACUGACUUGCCAACAGCUGGACUUGAUCACCAGCUUGAAACUGAGAUCACACACUGGGUAGAAUAACAAGCGGACUUUGUUCUCUGGCUGUGCAAAGCGUUGUUUUCCAAGGAAUUGCCACAGCGGCAGACAGAAAACCAGAGAUCACACUACCUGGACCCUUAAGUCUCUUUAGAGAAACAAAGUGUAAGAAAUUCUGCUGCUGGGGAGUGUACAGGAUGAUGAUGAUGACUCUUCGGAGAGUUUGUUCACUGGUUCUCUUCCUCACAGCAUUUCUGCCCCCACCACAACAUGCCCAGGACCCAGCUAUGGUACAUUACAUCUACCAGCGCUUCCAAGUCUUGGAGAAAGGACUGGAAAAAUGUACCCAAACGACAAGGGCAUACAUUCAAGACUUCCAGGAAUUCUCAAAAAACAUCUCCAUCAUGCUGGGGAAGUGUCAGACCCACACAAGUGAAUAUAAGAGUGCAGUCGACAACCUGGCAUUGAGAGUGGAGCGUGCCCAGCGGGAGAUUGACUACCUGCAAUAUCUCCGGGAAGCUGACAUAUGCAUCGAAUCAGAGGAGAAAACACUGGCUGAAAAGGUACUUCAAGAAGCAGAAGAAGAAAAGAAGAUCCGAGCUCUGUUGAAUGCAAGCUGUGACAACAUGCUGAUGAGUAUAAAGUCUCUGAAAAUAGUGAAGAAGACCAUGGACCCAGAUGGCUCUUGGAUGAAAGAUGCUGGUGGUAACUCUGCAAAAGUGUAUUUAUUAAUUGGAUCUAGACACAACACAGUUUGGGAAUUUGCAAACUUGCGGGCAUUCAUGGAAGAUAGCAGCAAGCCUGGCCCCCGGAAGCUAAUCUUACCACUUUCCUGGCAGGGAUCAGGGCAAGUGAUCUACAAAAACUUUCUAUUUUUUCACAAUCAAGGAACUUCUAAUGAGAUAAUUAAAUACAAUCUGCAGAAGAAGACUGUGGAGGAUCGAAUGCUUCUCCCAGGAGGGGCAGGCCGAGCACCCAUCUAUCAACACUCCCUGUCCACUUACAUUGACCUUGCUGUGGAUGAACAUGGGCUCUGGGCCAUCCACUCAGGACCGGGUAUCCAAGGCCAUUUGGUUCUCACGAAAAUUGAGCCAGACACUUUGGGGGUAGAGCAUUCAUGGGACACACCGUGUAGAAGCCAGGAUGCUGAAGCUUCAUUCCUCCUAUGUGGGGUCCUCUAUGUGGUCUACAGUUCCGGUGGCCAGGGCCCUCAUCGUAUCACCUGUGUCUAUGAUCCACUGGGCACUGUUAGGGAAGAGCAUCUGCCCAAUUUGUUCUUCCCCAGGAGGCCUAGAAGUCACUCCAUGAUCCAUUACAACCCUAGAGAUAAGCAGCUGUAUGCCUGGAAUGAUGGCAAUCAGAUCAUUUACAAACUCCAGACAAAGAAAAGGCUGCCUCUGGAGUAAUGGACGGCAGCUUGGAGGGGGAGUUGUGUGGCUUGGGUAGUGGUUUUCCAGAACACUGAGGUCACACACAGCCUCUUUACAGUGUAGUACCCCUCUAGAUGCACACAAAAAUAGAAUGUAAAAGUUUAAAUACAUAAUAUUCCUUUCCCAAAUGUCAUUGCCUUAGGUAUCAUUUGAGAGCAUAGAUGAGGCCAUCGUUCCAAAGUUUUGACCAAUACCCCAUCUUCAUCCAAAUCUGAUGGGGCUUAAGGCCUCCUCCAUCUGAUCUUAGUCCCAAUCUUUCCUUAUUCCAGCAUUUUCUCUGACUUUAUUCCUCUUACAGCAAUUAGGAUAUUGCCACCUCUGAUACUCACUGAUUUCUUCUUUGGCUUUCACUCAGACUCUGUCCUCUUUUUCAAAUGCUUAUAAAUAAUUUUUCAUUGACCAACUUUAUUAGUUACUUUUCUUGUUGCUAUGAUCAAAUACCUAGCAAGAGACAACUUAAGAGAAAAAAGGUUUGUGCUGGCAUAUAGUUUUAAGAGGAGCCAGGCACAGUGGUGCAUGCCUUCAGUCCCAGUGCUCAGGAAGCAGAGGCAGGUGGAUCUCUGUGAGUUAAAGAUUAACCUGAUCUACAUUGUAAGUUCCAGGCCAACCAAGGCUACAAGAGUGAAACCUUAUCUUAAAAAAAAAAUGGAUAUAGUCCAUCAUGGUAGUAGUGAAAGGGUGGUAGCGGUGGCAUGAGACAGCUGUUCAUAUUACAUCUGCAAUCCAGAAGCAAGGAGCAGACCAGAAGUGAGGCUGCACUAAGAAACCUCAAGGCUUACCCUUAUAGUAACUCACCUCCUCAAGUUAGGUCUCACUUCAAGGCCUGCACCCAGCUGGGAACCAAAUGUUCAAGCACACGAGCCUAUUCGGCACAUUUCACAUUGAGACCAUAACACUCAGGAAGCACUAUUUCUUGUUGAUGUUUAAUUUUUAUUUCCUCUAGCCUUGCCCUUUGCUAAGCCAAGUGGAUACAGUAACAAAAUAAAAGCAUGAAUAGUUGGAUGUUACUUCCUAGUUACAAGGCCUUUUAACAUUGUUUAAUUCUCUUUUUACCUUUGUAGGUACAUACAAAUCUUUAUAGUCGCUAAGCCAGAGAAACUACAAAAUGAAAGAGCUAGAAAAGAUCACAAAUAUCAUAGUCAUUCCAUCAUCCAAGGAAGGAAGUAUCAAUUAUAUACUUUUGCCCACCUAUCCUUAAUCAUUAUGUCCACCAGUUCAGCCUAAAAAUAAUAGUUUGCCCUUAGGCAGUUCUCAUGUCUGCACAAGGUCUUCUUGUAGGUCUUUCAAAAUCAGCUUUCUCCAGAAAACCAGCCCAAGGGUAAGGACAAAACUCUAGCCUCAUCUUGUCUUUCUGUUGCCUGAUUCUUUCUUCUUGAUUUAAAUAUAAUAAAAGUGAUAUUAAGCAAAUAACCUCAUCAGAUUAUAUUUGCCUAUAUCCCCCCAGCACGAAAGCUUUCCAAUAUUAUCUGUGUUGGGCUUACUGUAAACAUUCCCUAACACACGAAGGCCCUUGGUAAAUACACUAGUCUGGAUGGAAGCCAGGUAGCAGACAAGCAGCUUUGCCACAGCAGGCUUGCGGGGCAUUACAGAGGGUAGUUGAGAGGGACAUCUGCAAAGUGUUUCUCACAUGUGUGUCCCAUUUGGCUGAGUCCAGGUCACAAGUGAGACUGCAGUGCCAGCCUCAGUCAUGUGCUGAGGUCCCUGCCUUUCCAGGUUGGUCACAUGAGAAGGCUUGCUUUGUAUCCUUGCAGCUGUUAAUCUGUCUUUGCCAAGUCCAGGCUGGGACCACAGGCAGUGAAGAGAAAUCCCUACCACCACCAUAUAUCAUCUGAGUAAAUCUUUGGCAGAAAGGAAUGACCCACAGUUCUGAUGAAAUGGCCCCAAGAGCCCAAACCUUUUACAGAAUAAUGAAUGAAUAAACAUGAUGUAACUGC